UGCCCUGCUUUGGUUCUGUCUGUGCCAAAAAUUCCUGCUCUACCCACGGUGGUGGUCGUCUCUUCUGAUCGUCACAGCCUGUCGGCUCCCAAGCCUCCUGACCUCAGCUCAGCUCUUGUAGGUCCUUAUGACACCAUCCUCUAAGACUGGAAUCCUAGGGCAGACUGUUUUAUUCCUGCCUCCCGAGGACUCUCUGAGGAUCUGUGGCUUGUCUCUGUCCUGAGGGUGAAGAUGGAUGACAGAUGCUACCCAGUAAUUUUCCCAGAUGAGCGGAAUUUCCGCCCCUUCACUUCUGACUCUCUGGCCGCAAUUGAGAAGCGGAUUGCCAUCCAAAAGGAGAAAAAGAAGUCUAAGGACCAGACAGGAGAAGUGCCCCAGCCCCGGCCUCAGCUUGACCUGAAGGUCUCCAGGAAGUUGCCCAAGCUCUAUGGCAACAUUCCCCGUGAUCUCAUAGGAAAGCCCCUGGAAGACCUGGACCCAUUCUACAGAAAUCACAAGACGUUUAUGGUGUUAAACAAAAAGAGAACAAUCUACCGCUUCAGUGCCAAGCGUGCCUUGUUCAUUUUUGGACCUUUCAAUUCAAUCAGAAGUUUAGCCAUUAGAAUCUCAGUCCAUUCAUUGUUCAGCAUGUUCAUUAUCAGCACCGUUAUCAUCAACUGUGUGUUCAUGGCUAGCGGGCUUGGUAAAACCAGCAACAGCAACGAUACUGACAUUGCUGAGUAUGUCUUCACUGGGAUUUAUAUUUUUGAAGCCUUGAUUAAAAUAUUGGCAAGAGGUUUCAUUCUGGAUGAGUUUUCUUUCCUUCGAGAUCCAUGGAACUGGCUGGACUCCCUUGUCAUUGGAACAGCGAUGGUGUCAUACUGGUGCAUCGGCAUCAACCUGUUGUCCCUGCGCACCUUCCGUGUGUUGAGAGCUUUGAAAGCAAUUUCAGUAGUUUCACGUCUGAAGGUCAUCGUGGGAGCCUUGCUGCGCUCCGUGAAGAAGCUGAUCAAUGUGAUUAUCCUCACCCUCUUUUGCCUCAGCAUCUUUGCCCUGGUAGGUCAGCAGCUCUUCAUGGGAAGUCUGAACCUGAAAUGCGUCCGGAGCGACUGUACAAACGUCAGUAACAAGGAAGCUCGUGAAUAUUGCUUUGAAAAGAAAGAAAAUUCAACUGAAUUCAGAAUGUGUGGCACUUGGAUGGGUAACAGUUCCUGUUCCUCACAAUAUGAAUGUAUUCACACCAGAAUUAAUCCUGACUAUAAUUAUACGAAUUUUGACAACUUUGGCUGGUCUUUUCUUGCCAUGUUCCGGCUUAUGACCCAAGAUUCCUGGGAGAAGCUCUAUCAACAGACCCUGCGUACUACUGGGCCCUACUCAGUCUUCUUCUUCAUUGUGGUCAUCUUCCUGGGCUCCUUCUAUCUGAUUAACUUAACCCUGGCUGUUGUCACCAUGGCGUAUGAGGAGCAGAACAGGAAUGUAGCUGCAGAGAUAGAGGCCAAGGAAAAGAUGUUUCAGGAAGCCCAGCAGCUGCUAAAGGAGGAAAAAGAGGCUCUGGUUGCCAUGGGAAUUGACAGAAGUUCACUUACCUCCCUUGAAACAUCACAUUUUUCCCCCAAAAAGAGAAAGCUCUUUGGUAAUAAGAAAAAGAAGUCCUUCUUUAUGAGAGAGCCUGGGAAAGACCAGCCACCAGGGUCAGAUUCUGAUGAAGAUUCCCAAAAAACGCCACAGCUCCUGGAGCAAACCAAACGACUGUCUCAUAAUCUGUCACUGGACCACUUUGAUGAGCACGGAGAUCCUCUCCAAAGGCAGCGAGCGCUGAGUGCCGUGAGCAUCCUCACCAUCACCAUGAAGGAACAAGAAAAGUCACAAGAGCCUUGUUUCCCAUGCGGGGAAAACCAGGCAUCCAAAUACCUCAUGUGGAAUUGUUGCCCCCAGUGGGUUGCCAUUAAGAAGGUCUUGAGAAUCGUGAUGACCGACCCCUUUACUGAGCUGGCCAUCACCAUCUGCAUCAUCAUCAAUACUGUCUUCUUGGCCAUGGAGCAUCACAAGAUGGAGCCCAGCUUUGAGAAGAUGUUGAAUACAGGGAAUUUGGUUUUCACUAGCAUUUUUUUAGCAGAAAUGUGCCUAAAAAUCAUUGCCCUCGAUCCCUACCACUACUUUCGCCGAGGCUGGAACAUCUUUGACAGCAUUGUUGCUCUUCUGAGUUUUGCAGACGUACUGAACGGUAUAUUUCAAAAUAAAAGGUGGCCAUUCUUGCGCUCCUUCAGAGUGCUCAGGGUCUUCAAGUUAGCCAAAUCCUGGCCAACUUUGAACACACUAAUUAAGAUAAUCGGCAACUCUGUUGGAGCCCUUGGAAGCCUGACUGUGGUCCUGGCCAUUGUGAUCUUUAUUUUCUCAGUAGCUGGCAUGCAGCUUUUUGGUUCUAGCUUCAACUCCCAAAAGAGUGCAAAAUUAUGUGACCCGACAGACCCGACAGUCUCAUGUUUACGGCACUGGCACAUGGGGGAUUUCUGGCACUCCUUCCUAGUGGUAUUCCGCAUCCUCUGUGGGGAAUGGAUCGAAAACAUGUGGGAAUGUAUGCAAGAAGCGAACACAUCAUUGUGUGUUAUUGUCUUCAUAUUGAUCACGGUGAUAGGAAAACUUGUGGUGCUCAACCUCUUCAUUGCUUUACUGCUUAAUUCCUUUAGCAAUGAGGAAAGAAACGGAAAUUUAGAAGGAGAGGCCAGGAAAACUAAAGUCCAGUUAGCACUGGAUCGAUUCCACUGGGCUUUUUGUUUUGUGAUACACACUCUUGAGCAUUUCUUCCAAAAGUGGUGCCAGAGGAAAAAGUCACCAAAGCAAAAAGAGGUGACAGGAGGCUGUGCUGCACAAAGCAAAGAUGUCAUCCCCCUGGUCACAGAGACGAAAAGGGGCUCAGAGACACAGGAGGAGCUUGGUAUUCUAGCCUCUGUACCAAAGACCUUGGGCGUCGGGCAUGAUCGGACUUGGUUGGCUCCACUUGCAGAGGAGGAAGAUGAUGUUGAGUUUUCUGGUGGAGAUAAUGCACGGCCCAUCACACAACCUGAGGCUGAACAACAGGCCCGUGAACUCCAUCAGGAGACCAAGAAGCCCAUCAGCCAGAGAGUUCGAAGUGUGGAAAUUGACAUGUUCUCUGAAGAUGAGCCUCAUCUGACCAUACAGAAUCCUCGAAAGAAGUCUGAUGCUACCAGUAUGCUAUCAGAAUGUAGCACCAUUGAUCUUCAGGAUGCCUUUGGAGGGUUACCUGAGACAGUUCCCAAAAAGGAACCAGAGAGAUGUUUGCCCAAAGGCCUUGGUUGCUGCCUUCCAUGCUGUAGCAUAGACAAGAGAAAGUCUCCCUGGGUCGUUUGGUGGAACCUGCGGAAAACCUGCUACCAAAUAGUGAAACACAGCUGGUUUGAGAGCUUUAUUAUCUUUGUGAUUCUGCUGAGCAGUGGGGCACUGAUAUUUGAAGAUGUUCACCUUGAGCAACGACCCAAAAUCCAAGAAUUACUAAAUUGUACUGACUUUAUUUUUACACAUAUUUUUGUCCUGGAGAUGGUACUAAAAUUGGUAGCCUUAGGAUUUGGAAAGUAUUUCACCAGUGCCUGGUGCUGCCUCGAUUUCAUCAUUGUGAUUGUCUCUGUGACCAGCCUUCUUAACUCAAACGAAUUGAAGUCUUUCCGGACACUGCGAGCACUGAGGCCUCUUCGCGCGCUGUCCCAGUUUGAAGGAAUGAAGGUGGUGGUCAAUGCUCUCAUAGGUGCCAUACCUGCCAUUCUGAAUGUUUUACUUGUCUGCCUCAUUUUCUGGCUCAUAUUUUGUAUCCUGGGAGUACACUUCUUUUCUGGAAAAUUUUGGAGAUGCAUUAAUGGAACAGACUCAGUUAUAAAUUAUACCAUAGUACCAAAUAAAAAUCAAUGCGAAAGUGGCAAUUUCUCUUGGCUCAACCAGAAAGUCAACUUUGACGAUGUGGGAAAUGCUUACCUCGCUCUGCUGCAAGUGGCAACAUUUAAGGGCUGGAUGGACAUUAUACGUGCAGCUGUUGAUUCCAGAGAGAAAGAAGAACAGCCAGCGUUUGAGAGCAGUUCACUCAGUUACAUUUACUUCGUAGUCUUUAUCAUCUUUGGCUCAUUCUUCACCCUGAAUCUCUUCAUUGGUGUUAUUAUUGACAACUUCAACCAACAGCAGAAAAAGUUAGGUGGUCAAGACAUUUUUAUGACAGAAGAACAGAAGAAAUACUAUAAUGCAAUGAAAAAAUUAGGAUCCAAAAAACCUUUAAAACCCAUUCCACGACCUCUGAACAAAUGUCAAGGUCUCGUAUUUGACAUAGUCACAAGUCAGAUCUUUGAUAUCAUCAUCAUAAUUCUCAUUAUCCUAAACAUGAUUACCAUGAUGGCUGAAUCGUACAACCAGUCCAAAGCUACGGAGUCCACCCUUGACCGUCUCAACUGGAUCUUUGUGGUCAUCUUUACAGUAGAAUGUCUCAUCAAAAUCUUUGCUUUGAGGCAAUACUACUUCACCAAUGGCUGGAAUUUAUUUGAUUGUGUGGUCGUGGUUCUUUCUAUUGUUAGUACAAUGGUUUCUAUCUUGGCAAAGCAGGACCACAUUCCUUUCCCUCCGACGCUCUUCAGAAUUGUCCGCUUGGCUCGGAUCGGCCGAAUCCUGAGACUUGUCCGGGCUGCACGAGGGAUCAGGACUCUCCUCUUUGCUCUGAUGAUGUCGCUUCCUUCUCUGUUCAACAUUGGUCUUCUACUCUUUCUGGUUAUGUUUAUCUAUGCCAUUUUGGGUAUGAACUGGUUUUCCAAAGUAAAUCCAGAGUCUGGAAUUGAUGAUAUAUUCAACUUCCAAACUUUUGCCUGCAGCAUGCUCUGUCUCUUCCAGAUAACCACAUCAGCAGGUUGGGAUGCCCUGCUCGGCCCCAUGCUGCGAUCAAAAAAAUCAUGUAACUCCUCCUCAGAAAACUGCCAUCUCCCUGGCAUAGCCACAUCCUACUUUGUCAGUUACAUCAUCAUCUCCUUUCUCAUUGUUGUCAAUAUGUACAUUGCUGUGAUUUUAGAGAACUUCAAUACAGCCACUGAAGAAAGUGAGGACCCUUUGGGUGAAGAUGACUUUGACAUAUUCUAUGAAGUGUGGGAAAAGUUUGACCCAGAAGCAACACAGUUUAUCAAAUAUUCUGCCCUUUCUGAUUUUGCUGAUGCCUUGCCUGAGCCUUUGCGUGUGGCAAAGCCAAAUAAAUAUCAAUUUCUAGUAAUGGACUUGCCCAUGGUGAGUGGAGAUCGCCUCCACUGCCUGGAUAUUCUUUUCGCUUUCACCACUAAUGUACUCGGUGGCUCUGAUGUCUUGGAUAGCAUGAAAACAAUGAUGGAAGAUAAGUUUAUGGAAGCCAAUCCUUUCAAGAAGUUGUAUGAACCCAUAGUCACCACCACCAAGAGAAAGGAAGAAGAAAGAUGUGCUGCUGUUAUUCAAAAGGCAUUUCGAAAGUACAUGAUGAAGGUGACCAACAGUGACUUGGAAAACAGGCCUCAUUCAUCACUUCAGACUCUUUGCAAUGGAGACUUGUCCAGCUCUGGGGUAGCCAAGGGCAAGGUCCACUGUGACUGAGCCCUCACUUGCACCCCUACCUCACAGCCUCACAGCCUUGCCUCCAGCCUCUGAGCUCCAGGGGUUGGCAGCUCAGUGUAUAAAAAGGGGUGGAUUCACUAAAUUAUCCAUUUUGUUUCUUUUUUCUGGCUAAAAGAAGUGAUAUUUCAAUUUCAUUUUAAAUGAUACUUACAGAGAUAUAAGAUAAGGUUGCUUGACAGUUAACCACUGGUUAUAUUUUAAUAAGGAAGAAGACACUAGGAAGGACUGUAAAAGGAUAUAAUCAUGUUAGGAUUG